UACAGAGUGUUCUUGUCUGUAUUUUGAGCCGAUAAGCCUGCUCCUACCACGUUAUAUAUACACCACCAAUCCACAUAGCUUCACGCACAGAUCCAAACAAAAGGAAAAGAGAGAGAAGGAAAAGAAAGGGGCCCCCCCGUGUAAAAGGCCAGAUCAUAAUAUUAACCUCUCUGGUCUUCUUCUUCUGAUCAUUCAUGGCUUCCCGUCUUGUCUCUGUUCCUGUUCUCGUUCUUGUCCUGUCGCUGAUGGUCGGCACUCUUGUCUCGCCGAGGAAGCUGUGCACUGACGACGAGGAAGAAGGGUCUUCUUGUCUGAAUUCUGGGGUUUUGUCGCGGCAGCGGGCGGAUAUAGUGAGGGGACUUCCCGGUCAGCCUCCGGUUAAGUUCCGGCACUACUCCGGUUAUGUCACCGUCAAUGAAACUCGUGGAAGAGCACUGUUCUAUUGGUUCUUUGAAGCCACUCGCCAUCCCAGCAGAAAACCUCUCCUCCUUUGGCUAAAUGGAGGGCCGGGAUGUUCAUCGAUCGGAUACGGGGCAUCAGAGGAGCUUGGACCGUUCUUCCCUCAGAAGGAUCAGCCUAAUCUUAAGUUCAACCGAUAUAGUUGGAAUAAAGCGGCAAAUCUGUUGUUCUUGGAAUCUCCGGUCGGAGUUGGAUUUUCGUACACUAACACCAGCAGUGACAUCGGUGAACUCGGAGACACAGUCACAGCGAGAGAUUCGUACAAUUUCCUCGUCAACUGGUUCAAGAGAUUCCCGCAGUACAAGUCCCACGACUUUUACAUUGCCGGAGAAAGCUAUGCCGGGCAUUACGUCCCACAGCUCGCGGAGCUCAUCUACGAGGAGAACAAGAAUGCGCCCAAGAAAGAUGUCAUAAAUCUCAAGGGCUUGAUGAUAGGGAACGCGUUGUUGGACGACGAAACGGAUCAGAAAGGGAUGAUAGACUACGCGUGGGACCAUGCGGUGAUAUCGGACGGAUUGUACGAGAGAGUGAAGAAGGGCUGCGAUUUCAGACAAGAUCAGCGCCCAUCCAAGGAGUGUUCGAACGCAUUGGAUGAGUACUUCGAAGUGUACAAAAUCAUCGACAUGUACAGCUUAUACACUCCCACAUGCGUAUCCAACGACAGCUCGGCCCGAAACCUUCCAGCUCUCCGAGGGCUCUUUCGUCCACUCUUCGUUUCGCAGCACCAGGGGGGUUGGCGUAGGAUGGCAGCAGGGUACGAUCCAUGCGCCUCGGACUACACGUCAAAGUACAUGAACAGACCAGAUGUUCAAAAGGCUCUUCACGCCAAUGUUACCAAAAUCUCCUACCCUUGGUCUCACUGCAGUAGCGUGGUCUCGUUCUGGGGAGAUGCUCCUGCUUCCAUUCUUCCUACCUUAAGAAAGCUCGUGGAGGCUGGUCUACGAACCUGGGUCUUCAGUGGGGAUACUGACGGAAGAAUACCGGUGACGUCGACAAGAUACUCGUUGAAGAAGCUUGGUCUGAAGAUUGUUCAAGACUGGACUCCUUGGUACUCCAAACUCCAGGUGGGAGGGUGGACGGUGGAAUACGAGGGGCUGACGUUCGUGACGGUGAGAGGGGCAGGGCAUGAGGUUCCGACGUUCAAACCAAGCGAAGCUCUUCAGCUCCUCGUCCAUUUUCUCGACAACAAGAAGCUCCCAACGCUUCCCUUCUGAAUAUUCCCAUCUUUGAUCUCCUCCAUGUUUUUUUUUAAAAUCUCUGUAUGAUUUCAUUUAGGUUAUUAUUGAGAAAAUAAUAAAAAACACACACACAUGGAUAAACUGAUAAAAGCCAUUCGAACUGUAUAUAGUUUAUAUUUUUAA